CAGAUGACUGGGGCGUGUCCAUGGGCGCCUACCUAUGUCAGGCCCUUCCUCCAUGUUAGCAUCGAGGUGUCUUGUGUUUUUCUUGGCACGGAUUGCAGCCAUCCGCAACGAUGAUGAUGAGGUGGGCCAGUUGCUGCCCCAAGACGCCUGGUGGCAACACGCCUUUCACUCCGUUUCCGCGUUGGAAGCGCGUGGCAAUGGCACCGGGAAGCCUCUCUGUGGGCAUGCCACCAACAUGGGCCUAGAGGGGCACCUGUUACACUGCGACGCCCAAUUGUCCAAGAUUCGUGAGGCUUUUGGCGUGCCAGAUCCAGAAGAGAUCCUGAAGAGCAGCAACAUCGACCUGUCCCACGCUGAGGAGAGCGCGGGCAAAAGCGGUGCCAAGAUGAUCUUCAGUGACGACAAAAAGUACAUCAUCAAGACCAUGUCCUCCCGGGAUUUGAAUGCCUUGAAAGGUGUGAUCGAUGCGUACACGUACCACAUCGUGGGGCAUGCCACUAACUCGGAGAUGAUGAGGUUGUAUGCCAUUGUCGAGGAUCCGGAGCACGGAAUGUGGCUCAUUGGCAACAACUGGCUACCGAUGCGUUUCCCCAUCACUUGGGACCUCAAGGGCUCCAUGGUGGGAAGGCAAAGUGGUACUGAGAAACGCGCGCAGAAGGACAAAGAUUGGUUGGCCCAGGGAAAGGUCUUGGCCGUUCCCCCGGGACAAAGGAACGCGCUGCUGCAAGCGCUGGAAAGUGAUAGCUCCAUGUUGGCUCGCUCCAACCUGAUUGACUACUCGUUGAUCGUCGGGGUCUUGGUCUACGAGUUGGAGCCCUGUGAUGGACAAAACCAGCCUGCGUGCAUAUCGCCCAUUUGUCAUCCGCAGGGAGGAUGCGGUGAGGCUGGAUACAACCUGGGUGACUACUUCACUGAGAUCAAGGACUUUUAUUGUGCCGAGAACUCUUUGAAACACAGGGAACUCGGUCAUACGUGUGUGGGUGGCUUCACUCAGGGCCUCAAGGUCUACUUCCAGUGCUUCGGAAUCAUCGACCUCUUGAAACCUUAUGACAUGAAGAGCAAGUUGGAGUAUGGUGCCAAAGCAGGCUUUGCACGUCAAGUGUCCGCGCAGCCCGCAGACAGCUACGCCAAGCGAUUCUUUCAGUUCAUGCACGAGAAGGUCUUCUCGAAGGAGUUGUCGGACAGCACCGCGCCGCUGAUUUUCACGCCGAAGACUUGUGGGUCCUUUGGCAGUCGGCAGCAUUCCUCCAAGGGCUCGGAGAAGACGGUGAUCAUCGUGGUGGCUGUGGGCGUGGCGUUAAUCAUCGGCUUGGCCCUGACGUGGUACUUCCUGCGGAAACCCAAAGCCGCCACCGAAGUGGGUGGAGAUGCCUUACAAGCCUAUGAGCCGGAGGUGUCCCAUUCCUACCACCAGGAGAGCUACCAGGGCUAUCAAGGCUACCAAGGCUAUCCUGGGGAGACCCAAGGUUACCAGGGCGAGGCCUACCAAAGUUACCCGGCCUACCCAGAAGGAUAUCAGGCCGGCUGGGCAGAUCAGCAGGCGCAAGCGCCACAGAUGGCGCCUGCGGCUGCGGCGCCAGCCUGGCCAUCCGCUGGAUGAUUUGGUCCUUGCAGCGGUUGGG